CAGCGGCGCUGUUCGUUUCCGGGGAUGCAGCGCGUGGCGUCUUGCCGCCGUCUGCGUCACGCCCCUCUCACGGACAAAAUGGUGGAAACACCGCGUUUGUUUUUAUGUUUGAGUGCAGUAGACAUUAAUAAUCAUUAAUACGUUUGCUAACGUAUAUCAGAGCGUGCAUGUAAACGCAGACAUUACGCUGUGUGGAGAGCCUGCGUUGAAGGAUGGAUGAGGAAGGCUCCAGCUCUGCGGCGAUGACCAGGUCCUGGGGCUUCCGCCGGAGCACCCUCGCCAGGCGAGAGUUCAUGCAAGCUGUGGGCUCUGUGGACAGCAGCCUUCCGGUCCAGCGCCGCAGGGGUCGGGGCCGGGGCAGAGGGGCUGACGAGAGUGGCCGGACUCCUGUGGCCUCUAAACGGGGUCGAGGAUGCGCGCCUGUGCACACUCCCGCAGGUGAUCUCAGCAGUGAGAAUGAAGCUCGGGAAACAGUGCCAUGUGAGGAGCGCCUCAGUGAAGGAGUCCCGUCGGAUCGAGCUGAAGACAGCGACGAUCUCAAUCUGCAAGAGAUUCGGAAGCGGGCUGUGGCUCGAAAGCUGCAAGAGCUCAAGCAUGAUGAUGAUGCUGCUGCGAAAGGCACAGAAGAUAUCGACGUAGGGCUGAGCUUACUGAUGGAACGGGAAGAGAUAGUGUCAGAAGACACGGAUAUCACAUCAGGAGGAGGAAAGGUGUGCUCCUCCACAGCCACAGGGGCAGGUGGGACUUCUGUCGCUGCCGCAGGAGCUCGGGAAGCCACUGCAGGUGGAAGAGCAGAGGAAGACCAUGAGCUUGCAGAGGAAGAACAGGAGGAAUUCUCUGAAAAUAGCAAGGAAGACACUGAAAGGAUGAAUCCGGAUGCUGUCUGCUGCACAUGUCAACAAGGACACAGUAACAGGUUGAUGUGCUGUGACUGUGUCGGCGUCGCAGAGACUUGCGCUCAUCUCCUGCAGAGAAACAGAGAAUAUGCUUGUCCCUCAUGCUCUGAUGACUGGGACUCCACGAGAUCCAACGGCCCCAGCGAAAAACAUGAAAUCGACUCAACUUGCGUGGUGGAGAUUGAGCAGCCAGUGGAGGAGGAAGUUAAGGCAGAGGAGAAGGCGGCAUUACCUAAAUGCAUUGGUCCAGGCUGCAGUAAUGACUCUCUGCCUGAGUCAGUGUACUGCGGUCAUCAGUGUAUUGUGCGGCAUGCAGCAGCGGCCAUGAAGUCUCUCUCUGAACCCAAAAUUGAGCCUGCUGACCCACCUCUCAAGAGCGAGAAACGAUCAUUUCUUGCAAAGCUUUUCAAGGUGAAGAUCAGUAAGCUGCCGGCACAGGAAGAACGUGUGAGCAAGCAAGAACUGGAUGAAGAGUCACUGUGCUCCGCUACAGUCAUUGAGUCUGUACAAUCAACCACGCCAUCCAGUCCUGCUCCAGAGUACAAACCCACCGUUAAAGAGAAAGAUGAAGUUGAGUGCAGUAUCAGCACACCACAGAGCCAACCUUCAGAUUUGACUCCAGACGUUUCCUCUUCUGAAAAAACUCCUGCAGCCCCACUAAUUAAGAAGUCCACUCCAGGAAGAGCAAAGAAAACCAUGCCAGGCUCUCCACGACUGGAGCUUCUUAAAGGGGCUCUCAGUAAAAGCCCUUUGUCUAUCCCUAAAAAGCCCUGUGAAUCCAAGGCACCCGUUGAGUCCAGCAAAGUGGUUCUCUGCGGCCCCUGGGCAGAGGAGCCCGCUGUGGCCCCUCACGCCAGUCCUCUCCUGAUGAGACAAAGCAUUCGCCGCUCGCUGAGUACACUUCUCUGCAGAAGGUUCAGUCAGAGUGAUGAUUUGAAGAUUUCUGAGAGUGAAAUUGAAAAGAUGGCUGUGGACAUGGAGAAAGAGAUGUUCAACAUGUGUUACACAACAGAUGAGGAGUAUAAGAAUAAAUACCAGUAUCUUGUCCUCACCUUGAAAGAUCCCCAAAACAAGGAACUGUGUCAUCAGGUUUUGAAAGGAAACAUGCCUUCAGUGAAGCUCAUUCAGUUGAGUCAGCAGGAGGAAUCUGCUGCUGAUCCGCUGUGGCAGAUCUCAAAGAAGAAGGAAUCGUCCCUUUUUUCUGAGGAUGUGGAAGAACCAGCUGAUCCUCCUGAGAAAGUGAUGAGUGUAGACACCACAACGUCUCCGAGCGCAACCACUCCUUCAGAGGAAAAAUCGUCUCUGAAGCUGCCUCAGGCGAAGGAAAUAAGCUUAGGUGCUCCAGAUGUGACCAGCUGUAUGCUGAAAGACACUACAGCAGAACACAAGCGCCAUCUCUUUGACCUUAAUUGCAGGAUAUGUACAGGCCAAGUAUCCACUGAUGAUCCUGAAACCAAGAAACCCAAGAUGACAAUGACAAAAGAAAAUUCUCUGAAGCUGCCUCAGGAGAAGGAAAUAAGCUUAGGUGCUCCAGAUGUGACCAGCUGUAUGCUGAAAGACACUACAGCAGAACACAAGCGCCAUCUCUUUGACCUUAAUUGCAGGAUAUGUACAGGCCAAGUAUCCACUGAUGAUCCUGAAACCAAGAAACCCAAGAUGACAAUGACAAAAGAUGAGACAGAAAAGGAGAAAUCUUCAGGGGUUGUUCACGUGAUCGAUGAAGCGUUGUAUCCACCAGCACUGGACUCUGAUAUAUUCGAGUCCCCUGCUUCUCCCAGCGGGGAGGACCUAAACUCACAGAUACCCUCAGCAGAUUUCUCUCCUGUGUUGAUACCUUCAGUUCCCACGGUGUCCAUCUCAAGAAGAGACCCCCGUACAGCACAAUACCGACAAGCUCCGCCAUUGUCUGCUGUCUCAGAGUCUGCCUCAAUCCCACAGCAGCAUCCGCACCCUGUGAAGAACGCACCAGAAUCUCUGAAAGAGACGCUUCCACCUCAUGUGUCCGUACCUUUGCCUGCUCCUAUGCCAAAAUCAAUCCUCAUGAAACCUCCGCCAGCUUCUCUGGACACUUCAUAUGGCUCAAUGACAAGGCUGGCAGAUUGUGAUAAAGGAACAAAACAGUUUUUAUCCAAACAGAGCAUUUUAUGGAAAGGCUUUCUUAACAUGCCAACUGUGGCCAAAUUUGUCACAAAGGGAUACUUGAUUUCUGGCUCUCCUGACUUGCUAAAAGAGGACUUACCAGACACUAUACACAUAGGAGGAAGGAUAUUACCUCAAACUGUGUGGGAAUAUGUUGAUUUGAUAAAGACAUCAGAGGCAAAGGAGCUGUCAUUAAUCCGGUUCCACCCAUCAUCUGAAGAGGAAGAGGUUGCAUAUGUCUCUCUGUUUUCAUAUUUCAACAGUCGUAGGAGAUUCGGGGUUGUUUCUAAUAUUUGUAAACACAUCAAAGAUCUUUACCUCAUUCCUCUGAGUACAAAGCAGUCCAUCCCUGCGGUGCUUCUUCCCAUAGAGGGACCAGGGCUUGAACAGAAUCACCCUAAUCUCCUAAUAGGGCUAGCAGUCUGUCAAAAGCCGAAGCGUCCCGAGGGAUUACCACAAGAUGUUGGUGAAAAGAAUUCUAGGUCCUUGAUGUGUUCAGAUGGGAAGGGAACCAGCAACCCUACCUCACUAAAUGAUCCUGGACAACAUAGCAUAAAGGCUUGUGAUGCUGACAUCUUCCUUGACUCAAAUCCUGCUGGAUCCUUACCUUCAGUUGGGUUACCAGACCCAUCAUGCUCUGCCAGCUCUCUAUGUGCCCCAUCUUCUCUCCCUAGCGUGUCAAAUCCCACCCCAUCUGUCACUGUGGGCCCAUCCAAAGACUCCACCAGUACCACCCCACUUCAGACCAUCCUUAACACAUUAUUUGGGCAAAAGAAACAACCCUCAGAUGUCACAGAGUGUAAGAUAAUCUCAUUAACAGAUACGGUUCAGAUUUGUCAACAGACUUGCAAAGAUGAUGAUGCAAUGAUAUUGGGUGAUGACAGGCCUUACGAUCCUGAGGAGUAUGAUCCGGCAUGCUCUAAUGGGGCCAUGGGUUCUUUCAGUCCAGUUUUGGAACCUAAAGUUUUGGAACCUAAAGGUCCAUCUGCAGUGGCUGAUGAUGAUGAUGAUGAUAGACCAUACGACCCUGAGGAAGAGUACAGUGCAGUUGGUGAUACUGUCAGAAAUAAUACACCAAAAGCAUCAGAGGCUAAACACAUGGAAGAGACCUCUACAUUUACCAGUGAUAUAGCUUAUGAUCCAGAGGACGAGACGAUGUUUGAGGAGAUGCAAAGUUACCUCACAAGUAAUGCUAUACCUCACAAAUCCACCUUCUGUGAAAAUAACAUGUCACAUUACAAGGAUAACACCUCAGUUACAACAUUCUCUGAGCAGCAAAAAAUCCUAGAAGAGCUGAAUAGGCAGAUAGAGGAACAGAAAAGACAGUUAGAAGAACAGACAGAAACUCUACGCCUACAGAAGGAAGCAAUUGGUGUUUCCAUGGCCCAUUUCUCUGUUUCUAAAGCUCUGAUGUCACCAACACACUUUGAUAGGGAUGAAGAGGAAAGCAUAGAAAACAUACCCUACUGUCAGAUAAUUCAUCAGAAUAGGGAUCCACGGACCUGUCGAAACACAAGCCAGGAUAUGCCAUUUGAUGAUACUGAAUGUGAGGCUAUAGAUAAAGAAAGUACAGAGAAAUUAUUAAACACGGAGGAAGCCACGAAUGUAGUCCUGAACAAAUCUUUUACCACAAAGAAAGAGAAAUUAGCUUCUGAUAAAGCAAUGCCCAAAGAAGUAUCACCAGACACUAAAAGUGCACAACUAAAGAACACUAAAUGCUCACACUCAGAGUACACCCACAAAAAUCAAGACAGUAGAAGGUCCACACUGAGCACAUAUAGGUCAUCGAGGAGGAAGUCAUGGCACGAACACGGGUCACACCACCAAGACGGGGCGUCUUCAAGAGCAUCGCGUACAGUUAGAUCCUCAAAGGACGUCUCAGACAAACACCAUCGAAGUAAACACUCUGCAAGGCAUCUCUCUAGAGGAUGUUACAGUGACGAAAAAGGAGUGACAACAUCAAGGAAAAGGCAUUAUCACCAUCACAGAGACUCAUCUUCACCCCCACGGUAUCGGAUGAGGCGCCAUUAUUCCCCUGUCUCACACUCAAGCCGGAGAGACAAAUCUUCACAUGACGACAGUGACCAGUCACGCAAAACUGACCUGUCAGAGCAUAUCACUAAAUCUUCACAACAUGAAUCUGGCCAGGUGCCCGACAGUGAUGGCAUUCAAUCUGCGUACGCAUCAGGACAGAGUGUUAAAGUGGAGGGGGAGGCUGCUAAUGGCAAAGACAAGCGUUUGGCAGAAGUUCAGAAAGGUGGUCCUCCAAAUACAAAACAUGAGGCUGAUCGAAACCAGGGACUUCAGACGUUCCAAAAUCCUGGGGAGGGUUCUUCACAGCCUCUGUUAAAUAAGUCAAUUGACAAAAAUCUGCCACUUUCAGUACUGUCUGAAAUGAAGAGAGAGAAUUUGCCCCCGAACCAAACGGACUCUUCUAAUCAAGGAGCACUACUGCCUACACGCUGUCUGGCCCAAGGUGCUACUGACUUGCCUUUACACAGAGAUUCACCAGCAUUACAGCCAUCUGGGAUUCAGACAGACGUUUUUCACCAUGAUACCCAGCCACCACAUAACCAAACAGAUCGUUUUUCUGAGUCUGGCCAAAUUGAUCAAAAGAGAAACAUGUCAUCGAUGCAAAGGCCAAAUUAUUCACAUAACGAGACAGACCAAUUACAUUCAGGAGAUUACCCUCAAAGAGCUUUCCGUUUACAAUAUAGGAAUUCAUCACAAUCUGACACAGAUCAAUUAUAUUCCAGAGAACUGCCUCAAAAUAAAAGAGGAAAGUUUCUGCAUGAUGGAGACAACAACAAGCAACCUUAUGUAUCUCACAAACAGGAAGAAUUCUCCACAGGCAAAUGUGUUCACCAAAAACAUCCAAACCACAGGCUCAGAAGGUUUCCAGUGGAACCGACCGAUCAGGUUCAUCAAAGUCAGCAACCCACGCCUGACCAGUUACAUGAAUGCAACUUUGAAGAACCUGAAACCGCUGGAUUAUGUCACAAAAAAUACACAUCUUAUAAACAAGGGCAGAAUUUUCAUGAGGAUGAAUCUGUCCAGUUUCAGCAAAGAGAGUCACUAUUAGGGCCUCCUCCAGUGCACAAGGGCAAUUUCAGACCUCCUAAUCCUAGAGAGCACUUUCACCCUUCCACCUUUGAUAAGUGGAAGCCUUUGAGAGAGCAUCCUUCUGUAAUGAAACUGAGAAGUCCUGAAUUUGCUCAGCCUAGGGAUGGUAAUUCUGGUAGUUCUACGAACUUUGGACCUAGGGGCCAAUCCUCAGGGUUUGUGAGGUAUGAAGGCCCGACUAAAGAUCCUCAACCCAGUGGACCGUUUACAGAGGAGAUGUUUGAGAGUCCGGGACCUGCUCGACCCAUUGGAUCAAAAGACCCAUCUCCAAGACAGCGUUCUUUUAGGCGAGUUAGGGGUAGUCACAGGGGUUCGCGUCAGGUAAUGCAUGAUAGAACCCAUCUAAUGAAUUCAUCUAAACAAAUGAGCAUUCCUAAUGUUGAAGGGCCAACGGAGAGACAGACUGACACCAGAGACUUGCACACAACCCCAACCAGUAAAUCUCAUAUGCCUCAUCUUGCUAAUCCAAGUGGUUAUUCACAAGAUAUUUGUGAGCUACAUAGCCCUGCCUGCCACCAAACAUUUGCAGAGGAUGCAGAAGACAGAAUACGCACAGGUUUUUCAAGAUGGGCUCAAUCACACUCUCAGGACACAGCACAUGGGCCAACGCAUAGCCAGUUUGAAGGACAGCAGUAUACUGAAAUCAAGGGUCAACCAAGAGGGCUUCAAAGAUUCAGAGGACGAAGAAGAGGCAUUGUGGGCCCAUUUUAUGCCAGGGAUCAUAAAAAUAAUGCACAAGUAAGGGGACCUCGCUUUGAUUCACCACAACCGUUUUUGGGCCAAAGAGAACCCUCUCUUGAUUUACAUAGACGGAGAAGACCUUCACCUCAAAACUGUGAUGGUUUUGAUGAUCAUAAUGAAACCCAUUCAUCUGAUUUUCCUGACCAUUCCACUACCACCCCCACUCAUUUUACAAAACCACAGCAUCAGCAUUUGGGGCAGCCACCUGCAAAUUUGGAGUGCCGGCUCAGACAGACUAAUAUACGCCCUUUACGUCUAUCAGGUCCACUACUCCCUACUCCUCCCGGAGGUCCGAUUAGGCAGAACCUUUCCCUGGGACACGGACAAAACUCUCACAAUGUCACAGGGACUACUUGACAUAAGACAAGGUCAUGUCGCAAAGGAUGUUAAUGGAUGCUGUAUUCAUGAAGAGAAGCCAAGCAUUAGUAACUGUUUUAAACAUCUGCAAAGUGUUAAUUCUAAAAGUGUAAUUCAGGACAAACAAAGAGUUGAGUGUGAAAGUAAACCGGAAAAAAACAAGUGUUCAAGAGGAAUACAUGGUAUAUCUGAAGACUGUCUACACAACACAAGGAAAAUAUGAUGAAGAGGAGAUUGAUUAGUUUCUUUUUUUUUUUGUAAAUAUAGAGGAAAUGCAAGAGCACUUGGCUGCAGACUAUAUAGAAAUGAUAGGAACAGGUCUUGCAGUGUUUGGCUGAGUAGUCAAGAUUUAAACCAACGGGUGCUGUAAAAUCAUAAUUAUAGAUAGACUUCAGUUCAGUUUGCAGAAUGUUCAGAAUUAGAAUGGAUUGAAUAAAGGAGCAAGACAACCCCUCUGAAAGUUUGAAUUCUUAUUUACCAGUUCAAGCAUAAAUAGACCUUGUUAUAUACCAGUACACUGUGUGUGUGUUCAUUGUCUGUUCUGGAAAGCGAAGCAAUGAAUGUCAGUCAAGCAGUUUUUGAUAAAUCUGUUUAAAUUUUCUUGAAAGGCUGAAGUUUUGAAUUACUUCAAGUUGAUUACUGAAAAAUGUUUUGGUUUGUUUUGUGGAAGCAGGACAUGGUCAUGUUAACUACUGACAAGUUUGUAAACAUUAUUUUUCUCUUGCAAUGACAUAAACUUCUCUUGAGCUAUAAAUAGCAGUGUACAUUUGUUCAUAGAUUUUUAUGUAAUUUUCUAAAUGUAUAUUUGUAAGUAAUUCAGAACUUCAAAAGAUGGAAUCUUUUGGAAUGUCCACUGAUUUCAUUUAUUAAACAACUGAACCACAAAACCUGACCACUGCACAUGAUUGUUUCUAAUUGUGUCCC